CUGCUAACAUUUAAAAGAAUACCUUUAUUAAGUAAAUGGAAGAUGGAUUUCGGGCGAGCACAAGCUGUUUGCAUUCCAGCAAUUCACCUGCACGUGACUGCAGCUACCAUGCAAGUCAGCCAGAAACACUUUGAAAAGGCUCAAGAACAACUGAAGCUUUUGAAAAAGGACCCUGGGAAUGAAACUAAGUUGAAGCUCUAUGCUCUGUUUAAGCAGGCUACUGAAGGUCCCUGCAGUUCUCCAAAACCAGGUAUGCUGGACUUUGUCAAGAAAGCCAAGUGGGAUGCGUGGAAUUCUCUUGGUAAUUUGUCUCAGGAUAAUGCCAGACAGAAAUAUACUGAACUUGUUUCAAGUCUGGUCUCUGCAGAAUCUGCUGGCCAGAAGAAAGAUGCUUCUCCAGAAGAGGGCAGGCAUGAUGGCUAUGAAACAAUAUUAGUUACCACCAAAAACAAUAUCACAAAGAUUAUGUUUAACAGACCUGAUAGGAAAAAUGCCAUCAACCAUAAGAUGUAUAGAGAAAUUAUCAAAGCACUUGAAGAAGCUGGAAAAGAUGAUUCUACCAUAGCAGUUAUUACUGGAAAUGGAGACUACUAUAGUAGUGGAAAUGAUCUGAAUAAUUUUACUAAUAUCCAGUCUGGUGAAAUGAAGAAGAUGGCAGAAGAUGGAGCAGUAUUACUCAAAGAGUUUGUAGAUCAUUUCAUUGAUUUUCCUAAGCCACUAAUUGCAGUGGUAAAUGGCCCAGCUAUUGGAAUCUGUGUAACAGUCCUUGGAUUGUGUGACAUUGUCUAUGCUUCUGACAGGGCUACAUUUCACAGCCCAUUUAGUCAACUUGGACAGAGCCCAGAAGGGUGUUCCUCUUACCUGUUUCCAAAAAUCAUGGGCUUAGCCAAGGCAAGUGAGAUUUUGCUUUUCAAUAAAAAGCUGACUGCAGCAGAAGCCUGCGCCCAGGGACUUGUGACUGAAGUCUUCCCCGACAGGACUUUUCAGAAGGAAGUUUGGGCAAGAUUAGAAGCUUAUGCAAGCCUCCCAAAAAAUUCCUUAGCAGUGUCAAAGCAACUGUUAAGAAGUAUGGAAAAGGAGAAGCUCCAUGCAGUCAACAGUAAAGAGUGUGAAGUCCUGAAGGAGAGGUGGUUAUCGGAUGAAUGUUUAAAUGCUAUUGUCAGCUUCUUUCAGAAGAAAUCAAAACUCUAAUCAUCACCAGUAGAAUAAUUCACCUUCUGGCAAUAGCAUAAUCUGCCCUUAUCAUUAAUAAACUUUCUUUUCAAAUAAUAAUUCUUAUACCUUUUGAUGCAGUAUAUUUCUAUUGAGUACUGGGUUAAAACUGUUCCAUAAAAUCGAUACAAUGUUAUGUGCCUUGGAUCCAUUACGGAUAUUUAGAUUGGGGAAAAAAUGUUCAUUAUUCUGUAGGCAGCAGUGCUGUUUCUGAAUAAUACUAAAGCAGAUUGUCUUCCAAAAGAAGCAGCAGAUUCAGUAGCACUGUAUUUUGAUGGCUCUUCAAAAAAUGUCUUCUGAGUGAUUCUUUUUAUUCAUCUGUGGGGAAGGAAAUACUGUAUGAAAGAAAAAAUAAACAGAAGUAUUUAA